AUGCCCCAGGAGCUUGGAGGCCCGACCCUAGGGAAGCGUGGAGACCGUGAGCUCUGGGGAAGCCUGGUGACCCCUCCCAUUGUUCACGGACCAGCCCUGAUGGAGGCCAGAAAGCGGCCCGGGGUCACAGGCGGAAUGAAGCAGGCUGGAGGGGGCUGGGUGCCCCGUGGAGGGGAGGGCGCUGGGUCCCAAAGCGUGGAAGGGAUCGAGCGCUGGGGGGAGGGUGUCCAGGAGACGGUGCUGCAGCGGGGUGGGGGGGAGCACAAAGCCUGCAGAGGCGGCCGCGGCCCUGGUUGGAAAGCGAACAUGCAGAGAGUGGGGGUGUGCAGUUUGGGGGUGAAGCUGGAGCCCUGGGAGCCGGAGGAGCCAGGCGGCCUGGGGAGCCUACCCCCAGGCGUGCCCUGCAGCCCCUGCCAGCAGCCCCGGCGUGAGCACCGCCUGAGCGUGAAGCAGCGUCCCGCCCCGUCUCUCGCGGCGCCCGGCCAUCUCGGCCUGCGUGUGCAGACGUGGCCUGGGUCCGCGUCACCUUCGCUCUCGCAGCCUCCCUGCCCUGUGGGCAUCUGUCCUUGGGGCGUUCGUGUCGCGGCCUCUGCCUCCUCCCGCGGCCUCUCCGGCUCGCGCUUGCGCGUGCUGGGUGGGGCUGUGGGGGCUGUGGCGGCGGGAGUCUCGGCGGAUGUGCUGGGCGGUGUCGUCGUGGUAGCAGCAACAGCGGGAGUAGCAGCGGAGGACGGGGACGCCUGGCGUGCCGCCGUCCACGGGGCCGCAGAGUCGGACGCGGCUGAACGACUGAACGGCAGCAGUGUUAGGAGUGCGAACAGGCGCGGCGCUGGCCGCAGCAGUGGUUUUAGUGGGGGUGUCAGCGAUGGUCGUAGCGGUGUUCCCGGGUGCAGGAGCAGCGGCAGCAUAUACAGGUGUAUCGGUAGUGACAGCAGGUGUGGGGUGAGCUCAUGGCGCCUGGAACGGGCUCACCGUCAGUACCGGCUCUCUGCCCUCCCACGCAGGCGUCCCCGCACGGCCACCUUCACCAGCCGCUGUGUCUUACACAGUCGCGCGGUUCACGGUGACAGGGGCGGGGCUCGGCUGGAAGCAGGCCGUGCUGUGUCCACCUGGCGGCGCAGGAAGGCGGCCCGCACCUCAGUCCCCGGGCUCCGCUGGGAGCAGGGCUGGCAUGACUUCAUCCUUUGCAGAGUGUACGGCUGUCCCCGCUCCGCCUGCCGCUUGCUGCGGGCACUGCUGGAUCGUCCCCCUCGCUCCCUGUCCCUCGGAGGCCCGCGCCCGGGGCUGCAUGGUGCCCAGGCCGGCGGGGGCUUGGCCAUGGAGGUGGGCUGCCGCGUGGUGGGGGCCGACCUCGGUGUCUGCAGUUCCAGGCAGCCCCGGCCUUUGAUUCGGCUCCCACAGCGGGUGGAAGGAGUGGUGCCCCGGGAACCACAGGCGCAUUCUGGAGCCCUGAGAACUCCCGCCUGUGUGUGGCUUGAGUGCCAGCUCCGGGCUGGGGCUGGAUUCCUGCUGGGGGAGGGCGGCCCGCCUGUGGGCACGCCGUGUAGCGCGCACAGCUGUGGGCGCGCCUCGCUGGCAGCCGCGGUGGCUGAUGGCCUUCGGAACUUCGCCUCUGCUGCGGCGUCCGCAGGCCGCCCGCCCUCCACCUUCCCAGGGGGGCACAGCGUCCUGGCCGCCUCCCUUCUCAGUGCCCACCGGCCUGCCCCUCCCCGCGGUGCCCCCACCCCGGUGCCCUAUGCCCUCCUGCUGGGCCUGACCCCCUUUGCCUCUCUCUGGGACCCUGCUCUCUCCCGUGAGGGGCCUCGGACCACUGCAGUUCCUCAUUUUCGCCUCCCGCUCGCUGAGAUGCUCAACUCGGCCUUCUCAGCAUCGCGGGGCGGGGCUGCCUGCCCUGCUCCAACGGGUGGGUGUGCCGGCUCUGGCUGCGGGAAGUGUGACUGCCACGGCGUGAAAGGACAAAAGGGAGAAAGAGGCCUCCCGGGGUUACAAGGGGUCAUCGGGUUUCCAGGAAUGCAAGGACCCGAGGGGCCGCAGGGGCCACCAGGACAAAAGGGUGACACCGGCGAGCCCGGACUGCCCGGCACUAAAGGGACCAGGGGACCCUUGGGAGUGCCUGGCUACCCUGGAAACCCGGGACUUCCUGGUAUUCCUGGCCAGGAUGGCCCUCCGGGUCCCCCAGGUAUUCCAGGAUGCAACGGGACAAAGGGUGAGAGAGGGCCCGUGGGGCCUCCCGGUUUGCCUGGAUUUGCCGGAAAUCCCGGACCACCAGGGUUACCGGGAAUGAAGGGAGAUCCAGGUGAGAUUCUGGGCUAUAUACCAGGGACCCUGCUGGUAGGCGAAAGAGGCUUUCCUGGACAGACGGGAGCACCUGGCUCACCAGGUCUGCCAGGACUUCAAGGCCCCGUCGGCCCCCCGGGAUUCACUGGGCCACCAGGUCCUCCAGGCCCUCCUGGCCCUCCAGGUGAAAAGGGGCAAAUGGGCUUGAGCUUUCAAGGGCCAAAAGGUGAAAAGGGUGAUCAAGGGGUGAGCGGGCCCCCAGGAUUACCAGGACAGGCUCAAGUCAUCACGAAAGGAGACACAGCCAUGCGGGGCGAGAAGGGUCAAAAAGGUGAACCUGGAUUUCAGGGGAUGCCAGGCAUUGGAGAGAAAGGAGAACCUGGAAAACCAGGGCCCCGCGGAAAACCAGGAAAAGAUGGUGAAAAAGGAGAAAAAGGGAGUCCAGGGUUUCCGGGCGAUUCGGGAUACCCAGGACAGCCAGGCCGAGAGGGUUUAAAGGGACAGAAAGGUGAAGCAGGUCCUCCCGGGCUGCCUGGAACUGUGAUUGGCACGGGACCCUUGGGAGAGAAAGGAGAGCCUGGGUACCCAGGCGGUCCAGGGGCGAAAGGGGAGACAGGUCCCAAAGGUUUCCCGGGAAUACCAGGCCAGCCAGGCCCUCCAGGUUUCCCGACUCCGGGGUUGAUCGGUGCCCCUGGCUUCCCCGGCGACAGAGGAGAGAAGGGUGAACCGGGCUUGCCGGGCGUGUCGCUGCCGGGACCCAGUGGAAGGGACGGGCUUCCCGGCCCCCCUGGCCCCCCGGGGCCCCCCGGGCAGCCGGGCCACACAAACGGAAUCGUGGAAUGCCAGCCCGGGCCGCCAGGUGAUCAGGGUCCCCCCGGAAUUCCAGGGCAGCCGGGGUUGACGGGCGAAGUCGGAGAAAAAGGUCAAAAAGGAGACAGUUGCCUCGUCUGUGACACAACAGAGCUUCGUGGGCCCCCAGGGCCACAGGGACCCCCCGGAGAAAUAGGUUUCCCAGGACAGCCAGGGGCCAAGGGUGACAGAGGCUUGCCCGGCAGGGAUGGUCUGGAAGGAGUGCCUGGUCCGCAAGGUUCCCCGGGGCUCAUGGGCCAGCCGGGAGCCAAGGGGGAGCCCGGCGAGAUCUACUUCGACAUACGGCUCAAGGGCGACAAAGGAGACCCCGGCUUCCCAGGCCAGCCCGGCAUGCCAGGCAGAGCGGGAUCCCCUGGAAGAGACGGCCACCCGGGUCUGCCCGGCCCCAAAGGCUCCCCGGGUUCAGUAGGAUUGAAAGGGGAGCGUGGCCCCCCAGGAGGCGUCGGAUUCCCCGGGAGCCGUGGCGACAUCGGCCCUCCGGGGCCUCCAGGCUUCGGCCCGAUUGGCCCCAUUGGUGACAAAGGACAGAUGGGCUUCCCAGGAAACCCCGGGGCCCCAGGCCAGCCAGGUCCCAAGGGAGAGGCAGGAAAAGUCGUGCCCUUGCCCGGCCCCCCUGGAGCAGAAGGACUUCCCGGGUCCCCAGGCUUCCAGGGACCACAAGGUGACCGAGGUUUUCCUGGAAGCCCCGGAAGGCCGGGCCUCCCCGGAGAGAAGGGCGCCAUCGGCCAGCCUGGGAUUGGAUUUCCAGGGCCUCCUGGCCCCAAAGGCGUGGAUGGUUUACCUGGAGACGCUGGGCCUCCUGGGAAUCCGGGUCGCCAAGGCUUCAACGGCUUACCUGGCAACCCCGGUCCGCCUGGCCAGAAGGGCGAGCCUGGAGUCGGUCUGCCGGGACUCAAAGGCCUGCCUGGGAUACCGGGCAUCCCCGGCACCCCCGGGGAGAAGGGAAGCGUCGGAGGACCGGGAGUUCCUGGAGAGCACGGCGCUAUCGGCCCCCCCGGCCUCCAGGGGCUCAGAGGUGACCCGGGACCUCCUGGAUUGCAAGGCCCCAAAGGAGCUCCGGGAGUCCCCGGAAUCGGCCCCCCUGGAGCAAUGGGCCCCCCCGGAGGACAGGGACCCCCAGGGUCAUCAGGUCCCCCCGGAGUGAAAGGAGAGAAAGGCUUCCCCGGCUUCCCAGGCCUGGACAUGCCGGGCCCCAAAGGAGACAAAGGGUCCCAGGGGCUCCCAGGCCUGACGGGGCAGUCGGGGCUGCCUGGCCUUCCUGGACAGCAGGGCACCCCUGGCCAGCCUGGCUUUCCAGGUCCCAAGGGAGAGAUGGGCGUCAUGGGGACCCCGGGGCAGCCCGGCUCGCCAGGACCAGCAGGCGUGCCAGGAUUGCCGGGUGCCAAAGGGGACCACGGCUUCCCUGGCUCUUCAGGACCCAGGGGAGACCCUGGCUUCAAGGGUGACAAAGGCGACGUGGGGCUCCCUGGCAAGCCCGGCUCCAUGGAUAAGGUGGACAUGGGCAGCAUGAAGGGCGAGAAGGGAGACCAAGGCGAGAAAGGACAAACUGGUCCGACCGGUGAUAAAGGAUCCCGGGGAGACCCAGGAACGCCAGGCGUGCCUGGAAAGGACGGUCAGGCAGGACACCCCGGGCAGCCAGGACCUAAAGGUGAUCCAGGUGUGAGUGGGAUCCCAGGCGCUCCGGGACUUCCUGGCCCCAAAGGAUCCACUGGUGGAAUGGGCCUACCAGGAAUGCCAGGACCAAAAGGUGUGGCUGGCAUCCCCGGCCCGCAGGGCAUUCCUGGCUUACCUGGAGACAAGGGGGCAAAAGGAGAGAAAGGGCAGGCGGGUCUGCCUGGCAUUGGGAUUCCAGGACGGCCCGGGGACAAGGGAGACCAGGGCUUAUCAGGAUUUCCGGGAAGCCCCGGCGAGAAGGGAGAGAAAGGAAGCACUGGGAUCCCAGGGAUGCCCGGGUCGCCGGGCCCCAAAGGCUCCCCGGGCGGUGUUGGCUAUCCAGGAAGCCCUGGGUUGCCUGGAGAGAAAGGUGACAAAGGCCUCCCGGGACUGGAUGGCAUUCCUGGCAUCAAAGGAGAAGCAGGUCUUCCUGGGAAGCCUGGCCCCACGGGCCCAGCUGGCCAGAAAGGGGAGCCCGGCAGCGAUGGAAUCCCAGGGUCGGUGGGAGAGAAGGGCGAGCCAGGUCUGCCUGGAAGAGGAUUCCCAGGGUUUCCAGGGAGCAAAGGAGAGAAAGGUUCAAAGGGUGACGUGGGUUUCCCAGGAUUAGCCGGGAGCCCAGGAAUUCCUGGAUCCAAAGGAGAACAAGGCUUCAUGGGUCCCCCGGGACCACAGGGACAGCCGGGAUUGCCAGGGACCCCAGGCCACGCGGUAGAGGGGCCCAAAGGAGACCGCGGCCCGCAAGGACAACCCGGCCUGCCAGGGCAUCCGGGACCCAUGGGGCCUCCAGGCCUCCCCGGGCUCGAUGGGCUGAAAGGUGACAAGGGGAACCCAGGCUGGCCGGGCACUCCAGGAGCACCAGGGCCCAAGGGAGACCCAGGAUUCCAGGGCAUGCCGGGCAUUGGCGGCUCUCCAGGAAUCACAGGAGCCAAGGGUGAUAUGGGACUUCCAGGAGUUCCAGGGUUUCAAGGUCAGAAAGGCCUCCCCGGCCUGCAGGGAGUUAAAGGUGACCAAGGAGACCAAGGCUUCCCGGGAACUAAAGGUCUUCCCGGCCCCCCGGGUCCCCCAGGUCCGUUCGACAUCAUCAAGGGGGAACCAGGGCUCCCUGGGCCCGAGGGCCCCGCGGGUUUGAAAGGGCUUCAGGGACCCCCGGGCCCGAAAGGACAGCAAGGUGUGACGGGAUCCGUGGGCUUACCUGGGCCCCCGGGUGAGCCCGGCUUUGACGGCGCCCCCGGCCAGAAGGGAGAGACCGGGCCCUUCGGCCCUCCCGGUCCACGAGGCUUCCCGGGUCCGCCCGGGCCUGACGGGCUGCCGGGAUCCAUGGGUCCCCCGGGCACCCCAUCCGUCGAUCACGGCUUCCUUGUGACCCGGCACAGUCAGACGACAGACGACCCCCAGUGUCCUCCUGGGACCAAAAUCCUCUACCACGGGUACUCUCUGCUCUACGUGCAAGGCAACGAGCGGGCGCACGGCCAGGACCUGGGCACGGCGGGCAGCUGCCUGCGGAAGUUCAGCACCAUGCCCUUCCUCUUCUGUAACAUCAACAACGUCUGCAACUUCGCCUCCCGCAACGACUACUCCUACUGGCUGUCCACCCCGGAGCCCAUGCCCAUGUCCAUGGCUCCCAUCACCGGGGACAGCAUCCGGCCCUUCAUCAGCAGGUGCGCGGUGUGUGAGGCUCCGGCCAUGGUGAUGGCCGUGCACAGCCAGACCAUCCAGAUUCCCCAGUGCCCCACCGGCUGGUCCUCGCUCUGGAUCGGCUACUCCUUUGUGAUGCACACCAGCGCCGGGGCUGAAGGCUCUGGCCAGGCCCUCGCCUCCCCCGGCUCGUGUCUGGAGGAGUUCAGAAGCGCCCCCUUCAUCGAGUGCCACGGCCGCGGAACUUGCAAUUACUACGCCAACGCUUACAGCUUUUGGCUCGCUACGAUAGAGCGGAGCGAGAUGUUCAAGAAGCCCACGCCGUCCACGCUGAAGGCCGGGGAGCUGCGCACGCACAUCAGCCGCUGCCAAGUAUGCAUGCGGAGGACAUAGCCGAGCCGGCCCGCAGCUGCGUCACAACAUGGUGCUACCCCCCCUCCCCCCCCUCCUAACCGCAACGAGCUCUAGAAAUAUAGCCCGUGUACCUCACUGCCCAUACGAACCCGUAAGGUGCCCGACGGGGACCUGCCAGACUAACACCCCUGCUUCGCUGGCCUCUGCUGCUGGAGGGCGGCCACGUCCACCGAGCUGCCUGUGGAGGAGCCCCCGGGGCGUCCCGAUGCAAUAAAGAGCAUGUCUGUCCUGAGUCCGUGCGCUCCUGUGUGACGCGAGACCCACCAGGAACCAAAGGGUGCUAGGGGGGCGGGGCCUUCCAUCCCGGGGCGGCCGGGGCCUCCCCGCGUCCCGAGCCGCCCCCUCCCUCCAAAGAAAAGGUCGGUCUCUCUGCUCCGCGUGGUACUGCGCAGGUGCUCUUGCAGAAAUCACGGAUUUCCUGUGGAAUCAAGGUGGUCCCCAAAGUAGGCAGAAAGGAACUAUAUAUAUAUUUUAGUAAUUUAUAUAGAUGUCAGCAAUUAGGCAGGUCAAGCUGUAGUUUCAUUUCCACUGUUAAAAUAAAGCUUUCAUAGUUUCUUCCUUUAAAAGCCUGUGUUGUCCUUUAACAGAGAUUUUUAAAGCGCUAGGGUAUUGAAUGUGAAACACCAGUUUUCAUUGUUCACCUCGAAACCAAAAGUUGUGUAUUGCCAAAGCCAAACCCAGGUUCCCGGACGUGGUGUCUGUUACAGGGAGACAUGUCCUUUGAGCUUCUUGUUUUUCUUCUGUAUGAAAUAUCUUCAGGGUUUUAAACACUAAUCACAAACUGAAUGACUUGACUUCAAAAGCAACAACCUUGAAAGGCCUUCAUCUUAAGAGCACCCGCGUUCUGCGGCCUGGUGUGAGAAGCAGCUCUGUCCAAGCAGAAUGUCAGAGUCGUCACCUGUAGGCACAUUCAGGCGCUUCCUUGGGUUCUCGUGAGCUGUGUUCAGACUUGGAUUGCAGGGGAGCAGGAUUGGACCACUCUGCCUGAAAUGACAUUUCACUCCAAGUCUCCAAAACGUUUUUAAGACUACUAAGGCCUUCUGUGUAAUUCCUUUAAAUGUGUAUUUCUUAAAAAUUCAAAUUUGUAAUAAAACUAUUUGUAUAAAAAUUAA